AGAGCCAAGAUGGCGCCCGCUGCCCAGCUUCCCAUGUGCUCUUUCCGGUUUUAUGUGGAAGCACAAUUUCCAGCCGCUGCUGAGACGUUUGGCCGGUGCCAGCGGUGUGGGUUCUCUUAAAACCGCCCGCCGCGGCGCCAGUCAGCAGCCAGCAUGUCUAGCAGAAACAAUAACAAGCUGCCCAGCAACCUGCCGCAGCUACAGAAUCUUAUCAAGCGGGACCCACCGGCCUACAUCGAGGAGUUUCUACAGCAGUAUAAUCACUACAAAUCCAAUGUGGAGAUUUUCAAAUUACAACCAAAUAAACCCAGCAAAGAACUGGCAGAACUGGUGAUGUUCAUGGCACAGGAGAAAAAGAAAAACUUCAGAAGAUCCUUUGCUUUGUUACAGAUUGGUCACUGCUAUCCAGAACAUUUAAGUAACUUUCCUCAAGAGCUGAAAGAUCUUCUCUCCUACAAUCACACUGUCUUGGAUCCAGAUCUUCGAAUGACAUUUUGCAAAGCUUUGAUCUUACUGAGAAAUAAGAAUCUCAUCAAUCCAUCAAGUUUACUAGAACUCUUCUUUGAACUUCUACGUUGCCAUGAUAAGCUUCUGCGAAAGACUUUAUACACGCAUAUUGUGACUGAUAUCAAGAAUAUAAAUGCAAAACACAAGAACAAUAAAGUGAAUAUAGUAUUGCAGAAUUUCAUGUACACCAUGUUGAGAGACAGCAAUGCAACUGCAGCCAAGAUAUCAUUGGAUGUGAUGAUUGAACUCUACAGAAGAAACAUCUGGAAUGAUGCCAAAACUGUCAAUGUGAUCACAACUGCAUGUUUCUCUAAGGUCACCAAGAUAUUAGUUGCUGCUUUAACAUUCUUCCUUGGGAAAGAUGAAGAAGAGAAACAGGACAGCGACUCAGAAUCUGAGGAUGAAGGACCAACAGCAAGAGACCUGCUAGUGCAGUAUGCCACAGGAAAGAAGAGCUCCAAACACAGGAAGAAGUUGGAAAAGGCUAUGAAAGUGCUCAAGAAACAAAAGAAAAAGAAAAAGCCAGAAGUGUUUAACUUUUCAGCUAUUCACUUGAUUCAUGAUCCCCAAGAUUUUGCAGAAAAACUACUAAAGCAGCUAGAGAGCUCAAAGGAGAGGUUCGAAGUGAAGAUGAUGUUUAUGAACUUCAUCUCCAGAUUGGUGGGAAUCCAUGAGCUUUUCCUCUUCAACUUCUAUCCCUUUGUGCAAAGGUUUCUGCAGCCCCACCAAAGAGAAGUAACAAAGAUCCUUCUGUUUGCUGCACAAGCAUCACAUCACCUAGUACCCCCAGAGAUCAUUCAGUCAUUGCUCAUGACUGUGGCCAACAAUUUUGUUACCGACAAGAACUCUGGGGAAGUCAUGACCGUAGGAAUCAAUGCUAUAAAGGAGAUAACAGCUCGAUGUCCUCUGGCCAUGAGUGAAGAACUUCUCCAAGACCUGGCUCGGUAUAAAACACACAAAGAUAAGAAUGUGAUGAUGUCUGCUAAAACAUUGAUUCAGCUCUUCCGAACACUAAAUCCUCAGAUGUUGCAGAAGAAAUUCCGGGGUAAGCCUACAGAGGCCUCCAUAGAAACAAGAGUGCAAGAAUAUGGAGAAUUGGAUGCUAAAGAUUACAUUCCAGGAGCAGAAAUUCUGGAAGUUAAAAAAGAAGAGAAUGCUGCAGAAGAUGAAGAUGGCUGGGAAAGUACCAGUCUGAGUGAGGAGACGGAUACCGAUGGUGAGUGGGUUGACAUGCACCAUUCUUCCGAUGAAGAACAGCAAGAAAUCUCCAAGAAGCUGAACACCAUGCCCAUGGAGGAGCGGAAAGCCAAAGCUGCAGCCGUCAGCACUAGCCGAGUUUUAACUCAGGAAGACUUCCAGAAAAUCCGCAUAGCCCAAAUGAGGAAAGAACUAGAUGCUGCCCCUGGGAAAGCUCAAAAGAGAAAGUAUAUUGAAAUAGACAGUGAUGAGCCCAGGGGUGAGCUACUUUCUCUUCGGGACAUUGAGCACCUCCAUAAAAAACCAAAGUCUGACAAGGAGACAAGACUGGCAACCGCAAUGGCUGGAAAGACUGACAGAAAAGAAUUUGUGAGGAAGAAAACCAAAUUGAAUCCAUUUUCCAGUUCCACAAAUAAAGAGAAGAAAAAACAGAAGAACUUCAUGAUGAUGCGGUACAGCCAUAAUGUCCGGUCAAAAAAUAAGCGUUCCUUCCGAGAAAAGCAGCUAGCACUACGAGACGCCCUUUUGAAAAAGAAAAAAAGAUUGAAGUAACCUCCAAGCAAGUUUUCCAUUCCAAGAAGGAUGAUAAAUGUGUCAUUAUUUUGAAAAUUAGUAAAUCAAGAAUGUUUACAUUAAAAAGUCCCAAAGGACUGUAUUGUGAAAAACACAGUAAACUUGGUAGCAGUUUGUUUUUAUUUUGGAGAUAGGUAAUGGUGGGAAUGUUUGAAAUGUAAACAGUGUGAUGUAGUCGUUUUCACAUUCAUACAAAAAGAAAUACUGUUCAGUGCCUACUAAUUGUCACUGUAGAUGUAAAAGUGAAAGAGCCAUAAUCCCUCACUCAAGACAUUCACAGCCUAUUUGGGGCAGGGUGGAGGCAGAUGUGUAAGUAUGUAUUUACAGUGCAGUGUAAAUAGUUCUCCAGCAGAGGUAGGUCCAUAUUUCUAUGGGGUCCCAGAAGCCUUACAAACUAACUUUGCAGGGGAUAGGAUUUACAUAUUCUCUUAAAAUAAAACAGGACAAUGUUACAAGAGUAAGAAGUUCUUACUUGUAAAUAGGCUUACCUGCUGAAAACAGGUCCCUGCUGUAUAGAUUUUGGGUAGACACUUUACCUUUUUAGUCCACCCAAAGGAUUUAAAUAUUUUUUUGAAUGCCAAGUACAAGCUUUUGAUUAAGAUCUCACUUUUUAAAUUGCCUUAAGUAUGACUAGUAAUCUUGGGAUGUCUUUUUAGGUCAUCAGUUAGGCUGCCAACUCCUCUACAGAAGAAGAAGAAAUCAGAUUAGCUUCCUCAGCCUUCCUUCACGCUGUAAUAUUUUCAGCCCACUGUUUGCUUUGUAUCAAUAAAAGGUUUUUAAUGUCAAAUAGGUA